CCUCGCUGCAUGCUCCCCUCAGUCCUCGCGUUUGUGUGAGGAGAAGCCUCGCCUCAACACUACUCGGCACCCUAUUGGGGGAGAGCGUUGUCAGUCUAGCUCUUCACCAAUCGCCUGCCGGCGGGGGCGGGGUUUUGAGAACUGAGGAGUAGAGCUUCGCGCCUGGCAGUUACUCGAUGCCCCAUUGGAGGAAAGGAUGCACGCCUCCGCCAAUCGCGUGCCGGCGGGGGCGGGGUGAGGACCUGUGAGGGAAGCGUUUCCCGCCUCACAGCUACUCGACGCCCCAUUGGAGGAGAGAGCUGUCCGUCUCGCUCUGCCAAUCGCGUGCCGGCGGGGGCGGGGUCUGGGGAACCGUUGGUAACGGAAACGGCGAGGUGCAGCACCCGCACCGCCUGCAACGAAUCAGAGCGCGGCGCGCGGCCGCUCUCACCGCCCAUUGGCUCCCGCUCGCAGAGUGGGCGGGGCGGAACGAAGCGGGCCCCCUUCGGGUCAUGUGAGCGGGCGGUCACAUGACCGCGCUCACGAGCGGCAUGGCGGUGCCCGGGGCGCUGCUGCUGCUGUGGGGGGCGGCGACCGCCGCGGGCUGCGGGUACCAGUCCUGCCCCCCCACACGCCCUGGCUUCCUCAACGUGCACCUGGUGCCCCACACGCACGACGAUGUGGGGUGGCUGAAGACGGUGGAUC